UCCCACAUGCUUAGAGUGACAAAGAGGGCCUCCCAUGGCAGGCAGCGAACAUCUACCAUAUCCAUAUUCUCUUAAAGUCUAUGAAAGAAAGAAAAAAUCUUCCGGAGACAUUAUGGCUAUAGCUAGCUUUGUUUCCUAAAUAAAAAAACAGGAAAAAUUAUUACAGCAACUAAUUUGUGUCUUGAUUUGGAAAGAAAAUCAAUGUUAGUGGUCAUGAAAAUCUUUUAUAUUUCCUAUAUAAUAAAGGGCCAAAAGGGUUAUAGAAAUAUUAUUGUUACAUUGAGUGUUGUAUUAGGUUUUUGGAGUUCUUAGCAGUCUGCCAUUAAAGAUCAAACAAUGGGUCAAAAAAGAAUCAAAAUGGAAUUGAUAAGGAAGGAGAAAUCUCGUAUGCUUACAUUCAGGAAGAGGAAGGCAGGUUUGCUUAAAAAGGCUUCUGAGUUCUCUAUUCUUUGCGGUGUUGAUGCAUGCGUAAUAAUCUUUGGACCAAAGGAGAAGGAUGAUCAUCAGCCUGUAGCUCCUGAGACUUGGCCUCCAAGUUCUGAAGAGGUUAGGUGUAUUAUCAAUAGGUACAAGGGUAGUGAUCAACCAAGAAGAUGUUAUCAGGUUUCUGAUUACUUUGCUGAUAAAAAGAAACAGAUUGAUUCUGAGCUUGCAAGAUUGCACAAGCAAAUUAUCAAAGCUAAGUACCCUGCAUGGGAUGAUCGUCUCAACAGGCUUUAUGCAGAUCAAUUAAGGGUUAUUGUUGGUCAUUUGGAUGCUAAAAUCGAUCUUGCUGACAAGAAACUUGGAAGUUUCAACGUAAAUCAGUAUGUCAUGGGUGCACCAGGGGUGCAGGCUGCCUCGCUUAGUCCAAGCGUUUCUCACGACAUGGAAAGCUACAUGAAGAGCAGAGAUGACAAUUUCCUGCAGCUUAUUCACAAUUCAAAUCCCUUUGAUGCUCAACCACCUAUGGUAUUCUACCCUGAGCAGAGUUCUCACGUGACCAACUUACUGGAGAGGAAGUAUAGCAAUGGCUACUCAACAGACUUGCAGGUUUACUAUGAACCAAGGCCUUUAGAUGAUCAGUUACCAGUCGAUUUCCAAUCUAAACAGACUUCUCAUGGGACUACAAGGAAUGCAAGUUUUUGGGAGAGCAACAAUGACAACUGCUAUUCAACAGACCUGCAACUUUACUUAGAACCAAAUCCAUUGAACGUUCAACCACCAAUGCAUUUCCAACCUAAGCAGAAUGCUCAUAGGACUUCGUCAUAUCUACAUGCAAUGGAAGAUGCGAUUAUGAAGAUGGCUUGCGAUCCGAAUACCAGCGAUCAAUUUGGUUGUAAGCUGUCUAGUAGUAGUAAUCUGCCUUGUGCUAACCGCACACCAUGGAUGUGGGAUAAUGUAUGGUACAACAAUGCUGAUUCCUCAGUGAGCUAUAUUGCUCCAACCAAGCAGCCAAUUAUGCCAUCUAUACAAUUUCCCAUGUCAAGCUUUCCUCAUCAGAUGCAGUCUUCUGAAGCAAGUGAUUUCACUGGUAACCUUGAGUUUGAAGGGAAGGGUCAAGGCUACAACUAGAUGCAUGCAGGAUUUUAAAUUUUUUCUUACAAAUUAUGCUUUGAUAACAGUAAGCUACCACUUCAGGUUUCUUGAACAGCUUUGAACAAUAGCCCAGAUCUAAUUACAGUGAUUUUUAGUUCUACAUUUUGAUGUA